AUGGCCGAUUUAGUUGCCACCUGGGAAGUGCCACUCUACGAUCGGACUCACAAGAUUUCAUUCGAACAUGGCACUACCACUGGGCGAAGAGUGGUCAAGGUGGACGAUGAGGUGAUCACUCGUCGGGAUUGGAUGUUCAAACUGGUCGGCAGUGAGCAAUUCCAGAUAAAGGGGCAAAACGGAGAGGUCUUUGCCAAGUGCGAGAUCGUCAUCAACGCCUGCAGUGGCUUCACCUACGAGUACAUUCUCUUUGUUAAUGGAAAACAAUUUAAAACCUUCUGGGAGAAGCAGACGCGAAUAAUGCAGAAGGACACACUGGACGUGUGGGUGAACGGACAGAAGGCAGAGACGACACACGAGUUCGGCGAAGAGGGCACCGAAAUGGCCUUCACCCUCGACGGCGGCGGCGGUGACCUGCGCGGAGUCAUCAAGACGGUGAGCAGUGGCAACAAGAAACAGGGUAUGGUCUACCUGCUUCAAGUCAACGGAACGGAAAUAGAGGAAAGUGCAUCAUAG